CUUGACGCGCAGCAGCAGCAGAAGCAGCAGUAGCAACAACAACAGCAGCAGCAGCAGCACCUCCCCAACCGCUCCGUCACUUUGAGCAAGUCCUGGAUGACACGCAGCGGUUCCUUGCCCAAUGGCUCCUCUUCUCCUUUCACGCGCACAGAGGCGACCGUGAAUAUUUGACAAGUUGCCACUGACUCCCCGGGAGGAAGAAGCGAGCACAAUGGGACUGUGGUCGCGUGCUACUUUCUUUCUUUUCUUUGCCCUGCUUCUCAACGCCUUUCACGACAAGUUUGAGGCGGAAGCAGGAAUAAGUUCUGCAGCGGACAGGAGCUUUGACCUGCUGAAGUCUCGAGUUGGCCGUGACAAAACGCAUGCGGGAGUCUCGUUCCAAGUUUUGGACGAUAACUCCGGGCAAAAGUGGCGUGAAAAGACACGACUCGGGACCGAGCCAAUUGGAGAAGAGGCUUUUUCCGACAGAAAAUAUGUAUUUAAAAGGAGCGUCCAAGGGGUUGCCAGCUACCGAACCGAAUAUCGGCGCGCGGGGGAAGAAACCAAAGGUUCUAACCCGCGGCAAAGUGAUCCCUAUCUGGACACCUCCACCUUUGCUCUGUCGGGAGAUUCUGCGCACAACCAGGCGAUGGUGCACUGGUCCGGACACAACAGCAGCGUGAUCCUCAUCCUGACUAAGCUAUACGACUUCAACCUGGGAGCCGUUACCGAGAGCUCUCUGUGGAGGUCCAGCGACUAUGGGAGCACCUACACCAAGCUCAAUGACAAAGUGGGCUCGAGGACCGUGCUGAGCUACCUUUACGUGUGCCCCACCAACAAACAAAAGAUAAUGAUGCUGAGCGACCCGGAGGUGGAGAGCGCUGUUCUGAUCAGCUCGGACGAGGGGGCGAGUUUCGAGAAGCAUCCCAUUAGCUUCAACGUUCUCAGCCUUCUCUUCCACCCGGCGCAGGAGAACUGGAUCCUGGCCUACAGCCACGAUAGCAAGCUGUACAGCUCCGUGGACUUCGGGAAGAGGUGGCAGCUCGUGCACGACAACGUGAUGCCGGGUCGAUUCUACUGGGCCGUAAUGGGGCUGGACAGAGAGUCGGACGUGGUCCACAUCGAGACGCGGAUCGCCGAAGGCCGUGCUCAGUACGUGAAGUGCAGAGCCCAGCGCUGCACGGAGGCCAACAGGCAGUACCUCUUCCCGGGACACGUGGACACCAAUUCGCUGGUCGUGCAAGAUGAAUACGUUUUCACUCAGGUGACCAAGACUGGACGGGCCAGCUACUUUGUAUCCUACAUGAGAGAACCGUUCAGACGCAUGCAGUUGCCCAAAUAUUGUCUGCCCAAGGACAUGCAUAUCAUUAGCACAGAUGAGAAGCAAGUGUUUGCUGCAGUCCAAGAGUGGAACCAGAACCACACGUACAGCCUGUACAUCUCCGACUCGCCCGGGGUCUACUUCAGCCUCUCGCUGGAAAAUCUCAGGACCACCAGGGGACCCACUGGAAACCUGCUGGUCGACUUCUACAAGGUGGAGGGGAUCAACGGCAUGUAUCUGGCCAACAAGCUGGUGGACCACCGCGUCAAAACGUUCAUCACCUACAAUAAAGGUCAAACGUGGGCCCUGCUGCCGGCGCCCGCCACCGACGUGGCCGGGAACAGCAUCCACUGCGUGACGCCUUUUUGUUCACUGCAUCUUCAUCUGGAGAUGUCGGAGAAUCCCUACACGUCCGGACCCAUCACUAGCAAAAAGUCGGUGCCGGGAAUCAUUGUUGCCACAGGCAAUAUCGGAACGGAAUUGUCCUCCGCCAACCUUGGCAUGUUCAUAACGUCUGAUGCAGGAAAUAGCUGGCGACAGAUCUUUGAUGAAGAGCACAACAUUUGGUUCCUGGACAACGGCGGGGCUUUGCUGGCCGUGCUGCACUCGCCCACGCCGAUUCGACACUUGUGGAUCAGUCUAGACGAAGGCAAGAAGUGGGACCGUCACACUUUCUCCCUGGCGCCUCUCUACGUGGACGGAGUCCUGAUGGAGUCGGAAUCCGACAAUCACAUUAUCACUUUCUUUGGACACUUCAGCCAUCGGUCAGAGUGGCAGCUGAUGAAAAUCGACUACAAGGGUCUAUUCAGUCAGCGAUGCAUGGAUGGAGACUACCAGACAUGGUCCCUGCACAACAAGGGUGAGCUGUGCGUGAUGGGUGAGAAGCAGAUUUUCAUGAAGCGUCGGCCCGGAAACCGCUGCAUGUUGUCCCAGGAUUACUCCAGGAUCUAUUCAUCAGAGUCAUGCCAGUGCACCGCCUACGACUUCGAAUGCGACUACGGCUUUGAACGUCGCACCGAUGGGAAGUGCUCCCCCGCUUUUUGGUUUGAUCCAAAUGGCGCGGCCAAAAGUUGCAGCGCGGGCCAGAGUUUCCUCAACAGCACCGGGUAUCGCAAGGUUCUGUCCAAUAACUGCAAAGAGGUCGGAAGGAACGUGUACUCGCCAAGACGACAGGGUUGUCGCUCCAGACCGCCCCGAGGCCUUCGCUUGACCACCGGCAGCGGCGAGCUCAGCGCCCGUGCCGGAAGCAACGUGACGUUCAUGGUUCAUCUCCAAGACGGAGACUCGCCGAGGACCAGCGUCCAGCUCGACUUCGGCGACGGCAUCCGGAUCACUUACUCCAACCUGAGCCGGGCCGACGACGGCAUCCAGCACGCCUACCGAGCCACGGGGAUUUACCGCGUGACGGCGGCGGCCGAGAACAGCCUGGGAUCCGACAGCUGUGUGCUCUAUCUGCACAUCACCAGUCCAGUUGAGCGUGUGUACCUUUCAGUUCCUCUGGUGGCCUCCAGGGGCAAGGAGACCAAUCUCACAGCGGUGGUUUGGCCGAGUCACAUCAGGACGUUGACUUUCUUCUGGUGGAUCGCCAACAGCUCAGAGCCUAUUAUAACGCUGGAUGGGAGUAUCUCGUACACGUUCCAGAAGGAGGGAACAAAUAAGGUCACGGUCCAGGUGGCUUCUGGAAGCACGGUGCUGCAGGAUUCCAGGGAUAUCACCGUUAAAGAGUUUUUCAGGUCGCUGCUGCUGUCUUUUUCCCCGACGCUUGACGAGCACAAUCCUGACAUCCGCGAGUGGCGGGAGGACAUAGGCCGCGUGGUGCAGACAGCCCUGUCACAGGUUGCUGGCGUUCCCACCAGUCAGUUGCUGGUGUCUUUGUCUCCUGGACUUCCAACCACGGCGGAGCUCUUCAUCCUGCCCGAUGUGCUCACGCCAAAUGAGCACAAGAGGCAAACGCGGGAGGAACUGCAGACGAUAUCUGACAUUUUUGUCAGCCUCCUCAACCAAGGCCUGGUCCACUUUGAGUUGAAGGUUGGCACUCGCGUCAGCGUCUACAUCACUCAGCAAACUUUGGCGCCGCUAGUGGAUUCCAGCACCCUCCACAGCGGGUCGGCCAUGUUGGUGAUGAUCUGCGUGGUGUUUGUGGGCUUAGCGGCCUUCUUCAUUUACAAGUUCAAAAGGAAAAUCCCUUGGAUCCACGUGGAGACGGAGGACAGUCGGGAGAAGGAACCCGAGAUGAUCAGCACGGUCAGUCAGAAGGACGACAUGUCCAAAGUCAACCUCGCCGACUUUCCCUCGGAGAAGGACUUCACGGAAAAGCAGCUGGACGCCAGGAAACGAGGAUCGAUGGGGAGGAAUAUGGACAGAAUUGUAACGAGGGAAUAUCCAAACUGUACAAACGUCUAAAGACACACACACUGUAACCCAGUAAGUACACAAUGUUGUGUUUCAAUUGUGCUGCAAUUGUGUGCUUUGUCGGCUUCUCUUUUUGAUAAUAGUUCCUUCAUGCUGAUAGUCGCAAUCGUUUCGAGUCAUGUUUUCACACUUCCAACAAAUAGAGUUGAGUAACAACUUUACAGUACUUAAGGAUAAGGAUUCAUAUGCCAGGCGAGACUGUAGAAAGUAUUUCAGGGAAACAAGGUAUUUAGUGGGAAAAAGUAUUUAGAAAAAAAUCUUUAGAUGUGCUUAGGGUUAGGGCUAACAAAUAUAGUAAAAUUAAAAUAAUUAUUGGGCGAAAAACGCACAUGACAGUGAACCCCUGUUUGUUAUGUUUUAC